AUGGACUCGGUCGUCGAUGUCGCCGACGCAAGCAAGGCGCUCGACCUAUCGCGAAUCCGGUUCCAGUUAAUCCGCCUCGAGGACACCAUCACCUUCCACCUCAUCGAGAGGGUCCAGUUUGCCUUGAACAAGACAAUCUACACCCCCGGCGCCAUCCACAUCCCCAACAGCGACCUCAGCUUCUUCGACUGGUACUUCUGCGAGCAGGAGAAGCUGCAGUCGCUGAUACGCCGCUACGAGUCCCCCGACGAAUACCCCUUCUUCCCCGAAGCCCUCCAGAAGCCCAUCCUCAAGCCCCUCAACUACCCCAAGAUCCUCCACGCAAACACCGUCAACGUCAACGCAAAGAUCAAGCACUUUUACAUUGAAAAGUUCCUUCCCGCCGUCUGCCCCGACUUUGGCCGUCAGGACCGCGGCGAGUCGGAGGAAAACUACGGAUCCACCGCCACCUGCGACUUUGCCUGCCUCCAGGCUCUCUCUCGCCGCAUUCAUUUCGGCAAGCUCGUCGCCGAGUCAAAGUUCCGCUCGGACCCCGAAAAGUACACGCGUCUCAUCAAGGCCGCCGACCGCCAGGGCAUCGCAGACUCCAUCACAAACGCGGCCGUCGAGCAGUCCAUCUUUGAACGCCUCCGCCUCAAGGCCCUCACCUACGGCAAGGACCCCGCCGCUCCCGACGGCUCAGAGGGUCCCACGAAGAUUGACGUCGACGCCGUCGUUGCCAUGUACAAAGACUUUGUCAUCCCCUUGACCAAGGAGGUCGAGGUCGAGUAUCUGAUGCAGAGGUUGGAGCCCGACGCAUAG